AUGAGGAUUCUGCUUCUCGUCGCCGCAACAGCAGGCUUGGCGUUUGCCGCUGGACCAAUAAGUGCGAGCGGUUCGAACUUUACCUUGACUGGCAAUGGCAUGUCCUACUUGUUCCACGUGGACCCGUCGUCCCUCGACUUGUUCUCAGAUCACUUUGGAGGUCCGGUUGACGAUUUCAUCAACCCUGCAACAAUCUUCCAAGGCGGCUGGUCGGAUGGCUUGACAAACGACCGACGGGAGUUCCCAGAUAUAGGUCGAAGCGACUACAGGCUUCCAGCGAUCCACAUAUCCCACGCAGACGGCAAUACGGUGUCCGCUUUCGCCUACCAGAGCUACGAAAUCUUGCCAGGAAAGCCUAGCCUUCCUGGUCUACCAGCGACGUAUGGUAAUGCCUCGGAUGUGUCGACGCUAAUUAUAAGGCUUUAUGACAACUACUCGGAUGUCUCCGCUGCUCUGUCAUAUUCCGUAUUUCCCUCAUACAACGCUAUCGCGCGGAGUUUCCAGAUCACUAAUAAUGGCUCCGCAAACAUCACGAUUGAACGUGCGGCAAGCUUCAGUAUUGACCUACCGAAUCUCGACCUCAACAUGCUAGAGCUGCAAGGCGACUGGGCUCACGAAAUGAACAGAGUCAUUCGCCCGGUGCAGUACGGAGAGACCAGCUUCCGCUCUACCGAAGGCUACUCUUCCCAUGUGCAUAACCCAUUCUUCGCGCUCAUGUCACCUUCAACGACAGAGUCUUCUGGUGAAGCUUGGGGGUUCAAUCUCGUCUAUACGGGCAGCUUUGCGGCAACAACGGAACGGUUCUCGCAUGGCUUCGUCCGAGUAUUACUCGGUCUCAACCCAUUGCACGCCAGUAUUCCCGUCGGACCAGGUCAGACUUUCACGUCGCCGGAGGCAGUCGCAGUAUAUUCGUCUGAGGGUCUUGGAGGCAUGUCUCGAUCUUUUCAUGAUCUGUACCGGAACCAUCUCUCGCGCUCGAACUACACGCUGCAGACUCGUCCAGUCUUACUUAAUUCGUGGGAAGGCCUCGGCUUCAACAUCAAUCAAUCCUCGCUGGACCAGUUAGCGCAAGAGACGGCCGAUCUCGGGAUCCGACUGUUCGUCAAUGAUGAUGGAUGGUUCGGCCAGACGCCUUAUGCUCGCAUCAACGAUACCGCUGGACUUGGCGACUGGACACCGAACCCUGAUCACUUCCCAAAUGGACUAGGUCCCUAUGUGGGCGACGUUGACUCCCUCACGGUUGAAAACUCGUCCCAGAAGCUCGAGUUCGGCAUCUGGGUGGAGCCAGAGAUGGUGAAUCCCAACUCGACUCUGUACAACGAGCACCCUGACUGGGCUUUGCACGCGGGCUCCCACCCACGGACACUUACAAGGAACCAACUCGUGCUCAAUCUCGGCCUGCCUGAAGUACAGGACUACUUGAUAACCGCGAUCUCCAACGUAAUCAACUCUGCCGAUAUUCGCUACAUCAAAUGGGACAACAACAGAGGCAUGCACGAGCUUCCUAACCCUGCCGCCGACUACAACUAUAUGCUUGGCAUGUAUCGUGUCAUGGACAACUUGACCGGUAGUUAUCCUGACAUACUGUGGGAGGGUUGUGCAUCCGGCGGUGGACGCUUCGACCCGGGCAUCCUCCACUAUUAUCCGCAGAGUUGGACGUCAGAUGAUACCGACGCGGCAGAACGGCUGACGAUACAGAUGGGGACUUCGCUCGCAUACCCGCCGUCAGCUAUGGCGUGCCACGUCUCCGCGGUGCCCAACGGUAUUACGCAGCGCAACACCUCCAUCGAAUAUCGCGCCCACGUUGCACUCAUGUGCGGCUCGUUCGGCUUCGAGCUGAACCCGGUGGAGCUGACGGCGGAGGAGAGGGCCGCCAUACCCGGCAUCUUGGCAGAUUGGGAGCGGAUCAACCCUAUUGUCAUCACUGGGUCUUUCUACAGGCUCGCGCUGCCGGACAACAGCAACUGGCCAGCCGCGCAAUUCGUCAGCGCCAACCAGACUGUGGCGAUAGUCUUCGCUUUCCAGCAGCGGGCGACUGUGAAGCCUGCACCUCCGCCCCUCAAGAUUGCAGGGUUAAAUGCUACAGCGAGGUACACGAGUAAUCUGUACAAUGGGUCGCUGAGUGGUUCCACGCUGAUGAACGCGGGGAUCAACCUGGCUUGGGAGACGGCUGAUUACCAGAGCAUGCUGAUAUGGUUGUACAGGCAGUGA